AUGCCGUUCUUCAAAGACCUACGGCGUCGAUCAAAGGCCACUUUUCACAAGACUCCAUCCCAUAAUGUCGAGGAGGUCUCCGGGAAAUCAUCAUCCACGGUCGACACUUCCUCUCACAGCUCCAUCACUCCACCCUCAUCAAUCAGACCAACCCUUUCAACCCCCAGCCUUCCUGCUCUCAAUGAAUCCGAAACCACAAGCGCAAUCAGUGCAGCCCCGCCUACCCAGCGACCGGGGCCUGUGGUGACCAGUUCCCAACGAAACAGCGUUAUCGGCAGCAGCUCGUCCUCAGUCAAUAACGUGAACCAGAAAGUGCUGCUCGUAUAUGGUCAAAUCGGCGACCCAAGGCAACAUUCGCUGGACGGAAACGUCACCGUCUAUCACCACCAAGAUAAUUUCCCGUCGACCGGCUGGCCCGUCACGGCAUCGCAUUUUAAAGUCCUUGUUCAUCUAGUUCCCGGUCCUAAUCGCCUUCGCUUUGACUUUGUCUCGCCAAAAUUGUCCACGGGCAGUACCCACCCCGCGAUCCACUCCUCCUGGAUUUGCAUCAACUACCUUCCUCUGGUUAACAACCCGCCAUUACAGCUGGUCAUACUCCUGGGGAAAGACUCAGAUGGCACAUACGAUGCAGUACCAGAAAGGGUAGAGCGCGAAGGAAACGGCCUGGAAAUGGCCAUUCGGAAGUACCGUAUGGCAGCCUAUCUCUGGCAGGCUUUCACUGGUGAACAAAUGUUCCGCAAUAAUUUCGGGCGGCGUUGUUUCCGAUUCGAGGAAGAGUGGCAGUCGGGUAGCUUGAGCCGUCGCGACUUGACCCAAGGCCAGAUGCGGAACGAGGCCAAGAUUCACGUCGUCCGCACUGAGAAAACCGUGGCCGAACUCCGAGAUCUCAAUAUCGCCCAGCAGAACGAGAGAGCCGCGAAGAAAGACGAAUUGUUCGCCAUUGCUAAGGACGCGGUGCGAAAUUAUUUCCAGCCUCAGCCCGGUCAGAAGCAAUACGUCUCCGUUCUCCUCCUCGAUUCUCAUUGGGAUAUCCAAUCCCAGAUGAUCACCGGCCACGCGGCUUUAGGCUCGGCCGAUGACGAUAUCAAAAUGGCCAUCUUCGGGUCUCAUUGUCUCCAAAGCUAUCCAUCCUGUCUGGAAGAAGUCGUGGACGCGUUCUCGGACUGCACCCGCACGGAUACGAACCACAUCGCUAAUGACUGCGGCGAGGCGGGGUCCAAUUGGGAAUCAGCAAACUUGGGCAUCGGGGCUCACCUGCACGAGGUGGGCCAUCUCUUCGGAUGUCCUCACCAGGAGUCGGGAGUCAUGCUUCGCGACUAUGUGCGUUUGAACAGAACAUUCCUGACCCGAGAGCCUUUCUCCACGCGCACAAAGGCUCAAGGCUUGAAAGUGUGUUUGCCCAAUGACGAGUGUAGCUGGCAUCGCCUCGAUGCACUACGCUUCCGAUUCCAUCCCAGCUUCCGACUCCCAAGUGACCCUUCUCCGACUUCGGAUGAUAGCGUCCAGGUGUGGCCAGUCGAGAACGGCAAGAUAUUGUUCACUGCUUCGUCGGGGAUUGCAUUCAUGGAACUAUAUGCCGAGGGUGACACCUUCUGCCACAACUUCAUCGAGUACUUGAACAGCGAGUCGAGCCCCAACGGACUGCCACGACAAGUUGCGGUGACAGAGAUCGAGCUUCGCCAGCGUGUCUAUGGCACCGAAAAGGAAAAGAAAAAGAACAUUCGUCUGAUUGUCUGCUCCGGUGCACUGGGCAGCUACACUGUUGAGAACGUAGGUGAUCUGAAAUCGAAAAAUUCUCUUGUCAAAUUACCCAAAAACCAGUCUGGUUUCAAAAGCGGCCGAUUAGGCCAGUCGGCGAUGGAAGGCAGUGAGCCAGAGCAGGUGUUACUGGAAUGUGCCUUCAUCAAAACAAAGCUGUUGACAUCGAUCAAAGUCUACCAUGGCUAUGCACUGGAUGGUCUCGAGUUCUGCUACGAGGACGCAACCAGUCAGCUAUUCGGCAAGCGAGGAGGUAAAGCUGGUGGCGAUGAGUUUGUCCUUGAUACUCGACGCGGUGAAAUUUUGCUUGGGUUCUAUGUCCGGGCUGGUCUCUGGAUUGACGGGAUCGAGAUUCUCACGAGCCUGGGGAGAAAAUCCGGUGUCUAUGGAAAUGCGGCCGGUGGCACAGGGCACACUUUAAUACCUCCUUUGGGCUACAAGAUUGCUGGAGUCUCUGGCUCCUGUGCAUCAUGGGUUGAUGGAUUCUCAUUGAUCAUCCAGCACUGA